AAUAAAAGGAGAGCUAUACUUUUUACACAAAACCCAGGCCACAGCAGGCAGCUAGUCGCCGGAUCGCAUCUGUCAGGUCGCGAUCGGCAGCUGUGGCGAGCAGGAGUUCGUUUGUCCCCGCGGACACGGCAACAAAAGAGCAAUAUUGUCGCUGAAAGGCCACCCUGUCUGACAGAAGAGAACACGAAAACACUGGAUCUCUGACUACUCCGUGCCGAGAUCUCGGAGU